AGGAGAACCACCUGAGGGACGAGGACCAAGAACAUCGCUUCUUUACCGACACAAAGCAGGGCGGGGGGGCGGAGGACUUGUGACCUGGGAGCAGCAUGGACGUCGGGGACCUUUUAGGGGGAAAUGCCUGGUCCUACGUCGGCGGGACCCUGCUGGUGCUGUGGGCCCUCGUGUGGCUCUACAGGGACGGCCUGCAGGUGGACGCCGUCGCGGACAAGUACGUCUUGGUGACCGGCUGCGACUCGGGGUUCGGGAACCUGCUGUGCAAGAACCUGGAUGUCAGAGGGUUCCACGUGCUCGCCGCCUGCCUCACGGAGAAGGGCGCCGACGACCUGAGGAUGGCGGCGGGUCCUCGCCUGAAGACGGUCCUCCUGGACGUGAGCAGUCGGGACAGCGUGCAGAAGGCCCUGGAGUGGACCACCAAGGAGGUCGGCGAGGCGGGGCUGUGGGGCGUGGUGAACAACGCCGGGCGCUCCUUGCCCAUGGGCCCGUCGGAGUGGAUGAAGGUGGAGGACUUCCACAGCACGCUGGACGUCAACAUGAAUGGAGUGAUCGCCGUGACGAUGAGCUUCCUGCCGCUCAUCAAGAAGGCCCGCGGGCGCAUUGUGAACGUGGCGUCGGUGCUGGGCCGCGUGGCUGCCAACGGGGGGGGGUACUGCAUCUCCAAGUUCGCCGUGGAGGCUUUUUCUGACUGCCUCCGGAGAGAUAUUCACUACUUCGGGAUCAAUGUGUCAAUCAUCGAGCCGGGCUUCUUCAAGACGGCGGUGACCAGCCUGGAGCCCCUGGAGAAGGAGCUGCAGCGCCUCUGGGAGCAGCUCAGCCCCGAAGUACAAGCCAGCUACGGAGACAAGUACCUCGAUAAAUACAUCAAGGUCCAGCGCCUGAUAAUGAAUGCUAUCUGCGACACGGACAUCUCCAAGGUGACGGGCUGCAUGGAGCACGCUCUGACCGCGGCCCACCCACGCGCCAGGUACAGCCCCGGCUGGGACGCCAAGCUCCUGUGGAUCCCCCUGUCCUACAUGCCGUCCUGUGUGGUGGACAUGGGGCUGAAGCUGGUGCUGCCUCGCCCUUCAAAGAGCGUGUGA